CUUAAUUUGCCUGUGGUCUAGUCACUGAUACAAAUGUUUACACUGCAUGUGAGAUUUCUUCUUUUGUUACUCUCCUUCGAUGGCACUAGUAAGGAGAAAUACAAAUGAAUUCUGUGUUAAGGUGAUUUUCGUUUAUUGGGAAUAAAAUUACUUCUCUGGGAGAACAGACAGUCAUAUGUUCGAGCAUGCAUGCUACUUUUUGCAGACUCUGGGCCCAAAAGACGUAAAGUGUCUGUAUAAGGUAAUUUAUUGUGAGAAGAAGGUAUUUAUUUUGCCAACAGAGGUUUUAUGGUGAUAGAUAUGCAGAUUAACGUAUAACUCUUCACUUCUAAAACUGCAACUUGAGGCUCAUUCCUGUAGAACAUGCAUAUAAAUAUAUAUAAUAUUAUGUGUAUGAUGACUUCUAGUAAGAUCAGUGGAACAACCUAUAUGGGAUAGAGCUACUCAGGUGUGUUAGAAUAGGUAUGAUGUGGCUUUUGUGUGGUUAGUUUGGAUUCUCAUCCUGGGAUACCGCUGGCAGCUGCGAGGUCCCUUGGAUGCACCAUUCUUGUCUUCUGUGAUUAUCUUUGGGGGAAUAGCUAUUGACAACUGCCGCUUUCCACCUCGCAGGAAGGUGGCUGUGUGAGAACUUGGGUAAACUCUGGUUUGGUUUUGAGAGGUGCUAAAUGCAGAGUACUCCUGUUGAUUUCUGGGCUUUAUUUUUCCAGAUUAAUUCCUUAGUGCAAAUUUCAUAAUUGUCUAGAAAGUAAAUUUUCUUUAAUGUAACAUCAUGAAGAAAACCUCCUGUAUGUAGUAAACAGAAGAAAGACGUUAAACUAUAAACUAUCCUGUAUCGCCCAGGAAACAGGUUUGAUAUUUAAACAAGGACAAACUUAAAUGAGGUAAUUCAUGUUAUGUCUGUCGACACAGUCAGUUGAACAAGGAAAAUCAGUAACUAUUGUGGGAGGAGUGGCUCUCCUCAGAGAGAAAAGGUUUUCCUGUUGUUAAUUAACCUAAGCUAGGGAACAAUAGCUAAUAGGUUAAUGUGUGUGCACAGAGUUAAAAGCUAAACUCCUCCGUUCAUGCUAGCAGUCUUCACAUGUCCCGGAGCUUUCCGUAACAGGAGUGGGGAGCCGAGGGUAGAGCCAGGACAAGGGAAGGGCCUUUGCCAGGUCUGCAACUGGUUUAUCAAUGCACGGCGCAGGCUUUUACCUGACAUGCUGAGGAAGGAUGGCAAAGACCCAAAUCAGUUCACUAUCUCGCGGCGAGGGACCAAGCUUCCCGAGGGCGGCCUGGUGGAGUCUUCCAUCAGCACAAAGAACUACAUUCCCCUGCUGGAGGAGACUGCCUUCCUUCCCACUGCCACAGCGCUCAGCAAGACUGUGCCCUCUUCCAAGCCGGCUUCCCCGGGAUUGGUCCUGGCCCGGCCGUCGGUGAUUUGCCACACAACUGUGACUGCAUUGAAAGACGCCCCGUUCCACUUUUGCCAGCCAGCUGAUGUAGGCCAGACCACGGACCUGCAGCAGCCCCCGGCCAACGGCUUCACAGACAACUCCCUCUCCUACCAUGAGGACGCAUCUAAACUAGGACCUGGUGCAAAUGCACAAAGUGGGCUCUUUAACACUCCUCCUCCAACCCCACCAGACCUUAACCAGGAUUUUAGUGGAUUUCAGCUACUGGUGGAUGUUGCACUCAAAAGGGCGGCAGAGAUGGAGUUGCAGGCAAAACUUAUGGCCUAAAUCCCCUUCCUUCUCCUUCCCCAUUUUGUUUUUCCAGGCAGGGAUCUAACAGCUGUGUGGUUACCGCCAUCCACACGAUAUCAAAAGACUUCACUGCAUUAUUAUUAUUUUUUUUUAUUAAUCUUAUUUGCACAAGGGAUUGCUGAAAUGAAGCUUCCUGUCACUGAGAUGGUCUUCAGUGGAAUACAGUCAUUCCAAGAAUUAUAAACUUAAAGCUACUGUAGAGAAAAGGAUUGUGUGUUUGUUUUGGGGUUUUUUUUAAUGUUUUCUUUGUAGGUUUUUCAUAAUGUGAGUUGGUUCCCAAGAUCAUGUGAUUUGUUCUUGUUUCUUUCAGACUGUGCAAUAUCUAGUAAUGAUAUAGAGUCUUCUUAUCAUUUCCAUGCAGAACAGAAUAUACCGACACGCUGUCUAAAACAAAUUUUCAAUUUUUUUAACAAUACGAACUUUGGAUGAUUAUGCUUUUUUUCCCAUAAUGUAAUAAAAUAUUUUCUUUAAAAAUGGAUGCACACAGAGUGUUUUGUUGAAUAUGAGCUUUGCAGAAAACAAACAGCUUUACUCUUGAAAUAAAUGCAAGUGAGAAAUA